AGAAAGAAAAGAAAAAAAAAUGGGAUCGUGAGAACUACACGGUGGAAAAAGUGGGAAAAAAAGGGAAACUAGAAAAUACUUGUGUCUCGACCGAAACGACGGAAACAUUCCCUGUUUAACUUUGAAGUUUACCGAGACGUUGACAUCGAUACCGUGCUAUAGUGAUGCAAAUGAAGCCGCAACGCGGUUCCCUGGUACUAGUAACAGACCUCGUAUGUUUGAACGUUUGUCGCGAGGACGAUCUCUACGAAGCGAACGAACUUUUCACGGUUGACCCAUCGCUGGAGACGAGAAUUUUCAAUCGGCGCAGGAGCCAUGUCAUCGGAUCGGCACCACGGAUCGCGAGAAAUCGACGUAGAACCGGGAGAAUCGGAUCACCUGCCGGAUACUUUCCGAACCGAGUGAAAUCGAAUACAAAAGAUCGUCGGCCAAUAAUCGGGGAUCGACACACGUGAUCGGCCCACAACAGCUUGCAACCUACGGCCUCCCCGCUGGCCUGGCCAGCUACUAUGCGAAUUGAAGCUCUCAGCACCCUCGUCGCGGUGGUUUGGCUGACCGCAGUCCUGUGCCCGCGGCUUGCUGCCGCCAACAACUUGACUUUAUCCUUCUCGUCUCGUAAGGCCAGGCAACAUCCAUUCAGGGGACAUAUCUCUCGCUGGACGCAGACCUUGGAGGACACGACCAAGCGGAUGACUUAUCGAGAGAUGAACAUGAUUCUACGACACGAAGGAGGCGAGGACGGCCUUCCAGUUGAUUGCUGCCCUACGGUAGAGGAAAUGGUGGAACCGGUCGGCGGUCGAAAUCGGGAAAACAUGUACGUCCAGCUGUAUCGGGAUGGCCAGAACGCCCAGAGGUUCUUCGAGUACUCCUGCAGGCCAGACGUCCUCGACAAGCCGUGCAGGUUCAUCGACCGGAAGUUCACCAACCAGUCCAGAUGUGUGCAGAAGUUCUCAUACACUUACGCUAUCAUUGAAAAUUCUGGAUCGACGGGCGGAAAGGAGGAACGCGGGAGGCAUCGGCACAGAGAACGCAUGAUCCCUACGUUUCCUGGGAACACGGUGGGUGGAUCGAUGUGGACGUUGGACUACAUUAAGGUGCGAAGUGGGUGCAGCUGCGAGGUCAUGCCGAAACCGAAGAAAAAGAAGAAGUACAAGAAGAGCAAGCUAAGGGACCAAGAUUUGGAUUCGGAGACCUGAGAUCUGUAUUACCGUGGGAUCAGAACAGAUCCCUCUACCUCCGUGUACGCGAUACCACCGAUGAAAAGAAGAUUGCGAUCCGAUCGAAACGCGUUCCAAACCGAUGCAAAAUCUAAUGUGACAUGGAGAGUAUUCGUUUUUCGGAUUGUACAGGAUUAAAAUGUUACCAAUGGAAGGGUUCUCUCUUUUAACGAAGGUUGAAUAUUAUCGUUAAAAGUACUUUUUUUUUACGUUAAAAGUGCCUUGAUGGAAGCUUGUAUCGUUUCUAGCAAUAGAUCAUUGAUGAUAGUUAUUAUUUUAGAACGAUUCUAUUGUCGUAUUUAUUAUAUACAUAUAAGUAGAUAACAAACUGUGUAAUUCAAGAGUAUGAUAAGGUAUUAAUAAGAUUCUAGAGAGGAGGUUCCGCCAAACUGUAUUCCGCUUAUUUUUAAUAAGAUUGAUAUUUUUAGAUAAUGAUGAAAUAUAAAGUGUAGUAGUACAACGAAGUCAGUAGAAUCUCCUUCGAAUGAAUAAAUAGUGGAUAGACUGAUAUUACGAUUCAAAGAGUUGAACGUGAAAGGUGUUUGAAUAUCUGCGUUUUCUAAAUUGUUAUUGUAAUUUCAGAAGUGUAAUCGUAUGCUAAAGAGGAAGCGUACUUGAUACAUUGCCUUGUAUUAGUAGUAGACGAAUGUCUCGAUUAAAUUUGUAUUUAACAUUUAGGAAAUAUUUUCAUUUUCACCCGCGGCCAGUUAUUAUAGUGUGCUCCUAUAAUGCAUGUACAUUCUAAAGUUACAUUUAUUUUUAAGUUAGAGAGGAGAGUUAGAUUUUAUAUUUAUAGAUUUUAUCUCUAAUCGUAAGGUAUAACGUGUUAUGUUUCAUAGAUCUGCGUAUGAUUCGUUAUAUAUGGAUAACGAGAACCAAACAAAAAACUGCUUAAAUUUAUUUAACGUAAUAAAGCGCUAUUUAAUUAAGCGAUUAAGUCUGUUUUAUCUUUUAAAGCACUGACUAGAAGAAUUAGAGGGUGCGACGAGCGAAACGUUGCAUUAGCUAGUAACCAUGACGAUUAUUAAUAAAUCUGAAUAUAUGAUAAGAAGGAAAGAAUAGAAAUUUAUUGUAUAAUCUAAAAUAUAAGUUAAAGAAUAUGUAGAAUUUAUUUUACAUGAUAUAUAGGUACUUUUAUACGAGAAGAUAAUUUUUAAACGUAUAUAUAGACAAAAGUCUACGUUAAUUUAACGCAUACGUUACAAACAAAUAGAAAGCUGCCAUUAUUUUAAUAAAACUUUACUGAUUUAUCUGUCGUUUUGUACAUAUAGAAAAGUACAUAAACAUUAACAUAAAUACGCUUUUAUGCGUUAUAUUAGUGUAAUGUAUAAAUUAUAAGACAAAUAACUUUUACAUUUAGAACUAAAAACGUUCGAGAAUGUUGUACUUAAAUAGUUAAAAUCGUAUUAAUUAGAUUAAAUAAUGAACGUAUUAUAAUACCAGUUUUUUUAGUUUAACAUAUUUAUGAAUGUACUAUAGUAAAUUACGUCGUACGUUUAAUUAGCGAGGAACCUUUCCAAUAAGCAUAUUCUCUUUUUCUAUCACUGUAGUUGUCGUAUUAAUAUUCUAACAAGUGGUUUCAACUUGAUAACACUCAUGUAUUAUAAUCAAGCAUUAGGCUUACAGAUUUGUUUUCUGUACUGCCAU